AUGGCUCCUCUCCGCGCGCGGCUGUCCUGCCUGCUGCUCUUGCACUGUGCGCUCUGCGCCAACGCGGGCAGCAGGACCCCAGAGUUGCGCUUCUCAAGAAAGCUCAGUGACUAUGGUGUGACAGUGCCCUGCAGCACAGAUUCUCAGGGACGCUUCCUCUCCCACGUGGUAUCUGGGCCACCAGCAGCCUCCUCAGGGAGUACAGAGGUGGACAGACCACCCACACCACUGUCACACUCCGGUCACCUGCGGGUGGCUCGAAGCCCACUGCGCCCCAAAGGAGCGACCUUGCAGCCUGGCAGGGGGGGGCGCUCCUCCCUCUACUUCAACGUCACUGUUUCUGGGGAGGAACUGCACUUACACCUGCGGCCCAACCGGCGGCUGGUGGUGCCCGGAGCCUCAGUGGAGUGGCAGGAGGAUUUUCGGGAGCUGUUCCGUCAGCCCUUGCAGAGGGAGUGUGUCUACACCGGGGGUGUCACGGGCAUGCCAGGGGCAGCUGUCGCCAUCAGCAACUGCGACGGAUUGGCAGGCCUCAUCCGCACAGACAGCACUGACUACUUCAUUGAGCCCCUGGAGCGGGGGCAGCAGGAGACAGAGGCCAGCGGGAGGAUGCACGUGGUGUACCGCCGGGAAGUCGUCCGGCAGGCGUGGACAGAGCCUCUCGGGGACCUGCACAAUGAAGCUUUUGGCCUGGGUGACCUUCCCAACCUGCUGGGCCUGGUGGGGGACCGGCUGGGAGAAGCAGAGCGGAAGCGGCGACAUGCCAAGCCGGGCAGCUACAGCAUGGAGGUGCUGCUGGCGGUGGACGACUCGGUGGUGCGCUUCCACGGGAAGGAGCACGUGCAGAACUACGUCCUCACCCUCAUGAACAUCGUGGAUGAGAUUUACCACGAUGAGUCCCUGGGGGUCCACAUAAACAUCGCCCUUGUCCGCUUGAUCAUGGUUGGCUACCGACAGUCCCUGAGCCUGAUCGAGCGUGGGAACCCUUCUCGCAGCCUGGAGCAGGUGUGUCGCUGGGCGCACUCUCAGCAGCGCCAGGACCCCGGCCACGCGGAGCACCAUGACCACGUCGUCUUCCUCACCCGGCAGGACUUUGGGCCCUCAGGGUACGCGCCUGUUACUGGCAUGUGCCACCCCCUGAGAAGCUGUGCCCUUAACCACGAAGAUGGCUUUUCCUCGGCCUUCGUGGUGGCCCACGAGACUGGCCACGUGCUCGGCAUGGAGCACGAUGGUCAGGGGAACGGCUGCGCGGAUGAGACCAGCCUGGGCAGCGUCAUGGCGCCCCUGGUGCAGGCUGCCUUCCACCGCUUCCACUGGUCCCACUGCAGCAAGCUGGAACUCAGCCGCUACCUCCCCUCCUAUGACUGCCUCCUUGAUGAUCCCUUUGCACCUGCCUGGCCCCGGCCCCCGGAGCUGCCCGGCAUUGACUACUCAAUGGACGAGCAAUGCCGCUUUGACUUCGGCACUGGGUACCACACCUGCUCAGCGUUCAGGACCUUCGAGGCCUGCAAGCAGCUGUGGUGCAGCCACCCUGACAACCCUUACUUCUGCAAGACCAAGAAGGGGCCCCCGCUGGACGGGACGGAGUGCGCACCAGGCAAGUGGUGCUUCAAAGGUCACUGCAUCUGGAAGUCGCCGGAGCAGACUUAUGGCCAGGAUGGAGGCUGGAGCUCCUGGACUAAGUUCGGGUCAUGUUCACGGUCGUGUGGGGGCGGGGUUCGAUCCCGUAGCCGGAGCUGUGACAAUCCCCUCCCAGCCUAUGGAGGCCGCCUGUGCUCGGGGCCCACGUUCCAGUACCAGGUCUGCAACGGCGAGGAGUGUCCGGGGCCCUACGAGGACUUCCGGGCCCAGCAGUGCGCCAAGCGCAACUCCUAUUACGUCCACCAGAACGCCAAGCACAGCUGGAUCCCCUACGAGCCGGACGACGACGCCCAGAAGUGUGAGCUGAUCUGCCAGUCAGAGGACACAGGGGACGUGGUCUUCAUGAACCAGGUGGUCCACGACGGGACUCGCUGCAGCUACCGGGACCCGUACAGCAUCUGUGCCCGCGGCGAGUGCGUGCCCGUCGGCUGUGACAAGGAGGUGGGGUCCAUGAAGGCAGAUGACAAGUGUGGGGUCUGUGGCGGCGACAACUCCCACUGCAGGACUGUGAAGGGGACUCUGGGCAAGGCCUCCAAGCAGGCAGGAGCUCUCAAGCUGGUGCAGAUCCCAGCAGGUGCCAGGCACAUCCAGGUUGAGGAGCUGGAGAAGAUCCCCCACCACAUUGCGGUGAAGAACCAGGUCACAGGCAGCUUCAUCCUCAACCCCAAGGGCAAGGAAGCCACGAGCCGGACCUUCACUGCAAUGGGCCUGGAGUGGGAGUACGCGGUGGAGGAUGCCAAGGAGAGCCUCAAGACCAGUGGGCCCCUGCCGGAAGCCAUUGCCAUCCUGGUGCUCCCCCCAGCUGAGGGCGGCCCCCGCAGCAGCCUGGCCUACAAGUACGUCAUCCACGAGGACCUGCUGCCCCUUAUCGGGAGCAACAACGUGCUCCUGGAGGAGACGGACACCUACGAGUGGGCACUAAAGAACUGGGCACCCUGCACCAAGGCCUGCGGAGGAGGGAUCCAGUUCACCAAGUACGGCUGCCGGCGCCGGCGAGACCACCACAUGGUCCAGCGGCACCUGUGCGACCACAGGAAGAGGCCCAAGCCCAUCCGCCGGCGCUGCAACCAGCACCCGUGUGCCCAGCCUGCGUGGGUGACGGAGGAGUGGGGCACCUGCAGCCGGAGUUGUGGGAAGCUGGGGGUGCAGACUCGGGGAGUGCAGUGCCUGCUGCCCCUCUCCAACGGUACCCACAAGGCCAUGCCGGCUAAGGCCUGCCCCGGGGACCGGCCCGAGGCCCGCCGGCCCUGCCACCGGGUGCCCUGUCCAGCCCAGUGGCGGACGGGAGCCUGGUCCCAGUGCUCCGUCACUUGCGGAGAGGGCGUCCAGCUGCGGCAGGUGGUGUGCCGGGCCAACGCCAGCAGUCUGGGGCAUUGUGAGGGGGACAAGCCGGACACGGUCCAGGUCUGCAGCCUGCCUGCCUGCGGAGGAAAUCUCCAGAACUCCACAGUGAGGGCUGACGUCCGGGAACUUGUGACCCCAGAGGGGGAGUGGGUGCCACAAUCUGGGCCCCUAGAUCCCAUCAACAAGAUAUCAUCAACGGAGCCCUGUGUGGAGGACAGGUCCAUCUUCUGCCAGAUGGAAGUGCUUGAUCGCUACUGCUCCAUCCCCGGCUACCACCGGCUGUGCUGUGAGUCCUGUACCACGAAGGCCUCGGGCCCUGACGUGAGCCCGGACCCCAGCCUGGCCUCACCACCACCCUUCUCCACUCCUGGGAGCCCCUUCCGAGGAUCCAAGGCCCCUCCAGAGGCUGUGGAGCCCACUGUGGGACCAGCGGGAUCAGACGACCAUCAGCAUGGCCGACCCACACAGCUCCCAGGACCUCUGGGCACAAGCUCCCCAGUGAGCCAGCGCCGCUUUGCUGCCCAGAAGCUGAACCCUACAGUAUUCUGGGGCACUUCCCCUAGUGCCCCCCGGGGACUGCCCUGGGGCUGGGCUGGGGCCCCUACACCAGUCUCUGAAGAUAAAGGGCAGCUCAGGGAAGACCCGAAACAUCCAGGCACCAGCCUUCCCACCACCUCCCCGGCGACAUGAGCCUCGCCUUGCCCACCCCACCAGUCAAGUUUACACCCUCUGUGCUGCCCCAGCCAUCCCGGCUCGGAGGACACACAGCGGGGCCCGGGCAAGCACGGACUGCCUUUUAAAUUAUUUGCCUUCUUAUUGUUCUGGUUUGGAGCUGUGACACUUUUCACCCCAUGAAGUGGGUCUAUGAGGAAGAAAAAGAUCAGGGAAAGCCCUAACCGGAGAUACCUCAGCAAGCAGCCCAGGUGACCGAAGCAAACCUCUCAGGGGCUCCUGUCUGUCUCUCCUACCAGGACAGAGGGCCAGCUAACUACCCCCAACACACACACACACACAGCCACCGGGCCUCACACCGCCUCCCUUUGCCAGAAAUUGUGGGGACCCCUGUGGAGGCCCCGUGUACCAGGCUCCUCUGCCAAGAGGGGCAGAGCAGGGCCGGGGAAGGCCGGGGGAGCCCUCACAGGGUGGUCCAAGAGGAAGUGGGCUGGGGCCGAAUGUGGUCGUGAGGCUCCGGCUGCAGGGCUAGUGUGGGCGGGAGGCCAGUUCAUCUCAGACCCAGCUCUUCACAGCGAGAGCUCCAGACAGCUCCUCUGACCACGGCCAAAGGGCAGAGUCCACCUUGCAGUUGCUGGCUGGAGGGCCAUGUUGGUGGCCACCUCUGUCCCUGAAGAUGGCACUUCCUAUUACUUCUGGUGCCUCCAGUUUACAGGUGGGCCUUUUAACCUCACAGGCCCCCCUGAGAAGGGGGCUCUGGACACUCUGGAACAUGGGUCCUCAUCAUCCAGGGGCUUCCCAGCUGGUGCUAGGCCCCCUGGCUGGACCAGAACGGCAACUGUGGUCAUCACUGCAGCGCGUGAAGAGAGCACAGCCUGGAAGGUGACUUUGUGGGGCACAGAGGAGGCGUGAGUUC